CUCUUGAGCAUGGAGCUGAGCACUGUGGGAUAAGGGCGGAUUACAUCAGGGAGGUUCCGGAUUCCUGACAGCGGCCUGGGAUUGAGUACCGACAAGCAGGAACAGCUCCAUUCAACAUUAUUUAUAACUUUACACUAAACAGAGGUCCUGUCUCUUGGCUGUCGUCAGAAUGUCUCAAUCCGGAGAGAAAGGGAAGGUGGGUGAGUUUCCAGAAGCUGCUGGGUAUGUGGGCUUUGCUAACUUGCCCAACCAGGUACACAGAAAAUCAGUCAAGAAAGGCUUCGAGUUCACCUUGAUGGUAGUUGGCGAGUCGGGUCUAGGGAAAUCCACCCUCAUUAACAGCCUGUUCCUGACAGACCUGUACCCAGAGCGCUACAUUCCCGGAGCUGCAGAGAAGAUCGAGCGGACGGUUCAGAUUGAGGCGUCGACGGUGGAGAUUGAGGAGAGGGGAGUGAAGCUGAGGCUCACUGUGGUCGACACGCCAGGCUACGGGGAUGCGAUCAACAGCCAGGACUGCUUCAAAACCAUUAUCCAGUACAUUGAUAACCAGUUUGAGCGCUACCUCCACGAUGAGAGCGGGCUGAACCGAAGACACAUCGUGGACAACCGAGUCCACUGCUGCUUCUACUUCAUCUCCCCCUUCGGACACGGCCUCAAGCCCCUGGAUGUUGAAUUCAUGAAGGCGAUCCACAGUAAGGUGAACAUUGUUCCUGUGAUUGCCAAGGCAGAUACCCUGACCCUGAAAGAAAGGGACCGGCUCAAGAGAAGGAUCCUGGAUGAGAUUGCUCAGCAGGGGAUCCGGAUCUACCAGCUCCCGGACGCAGACUCGGACGAGGAUGAGGAGUUCAAGGAGCAGACCCGAGUCCUGAAGGCCAGCAUCCCCUUCGCUGUGAUUGGAUCGAACCAGCUGAUCGAGGUGAAAGGGAAGAAGAUCAGAGGUCGCCUGUACCCCUGGGGUGUGGUGGAGGUGGAGAACCCCGAGCACAACGACUUCCUCAAACUGCGUACCAUGCUUGUCACACACAUGCAGGACCUGCAGGAGGUGACCCAGGAUCUGCACUACGAGAACUUCCGCUCGGAGCGUCUGAAGAGGCCCGGCCGGUCCACGGGGGCAGUGGAGGAGGAAGGGGUCGACAAGGACAGGAUCCUGAUGCAGAAGGAGGCCGAGCUGCGCAGGAUGCAGGAGAUGAUUUACCAGAUGCAGGCUCAGAUGAGAAUGAAGCCCGCGGACGAGUGAGGAGCCGCCUGGCGCCACGGCCCCCUGCAUGAUCAAACAGGAGGGGCGCCACCUCCAUCAAGCAAUCAGGAAGCACUAUAUUGAGAUGAGAAGGAGACGGAGAGGAGCAGUGAACAGGGCAGCCUCCAGCGUCCAGAGUCCCAGUCCUGCACCGUGUCCCCGACUCAUCCUGCUGUUAGAUAUUAGUGCUGUGCUGGGGAGGGGGUUUCUAGGGUACAUUUAUAUAAUCUCCUAUCAUGUUAAUGCAUUAAGUGCCUACUUCUAUGUUUUUAAACAAUGCAGACCAAUCCAUUGUGUGCCAGCUUUGACUAUAUACAGUAUUUAGCUCUUUCUGUAUCUUGCCUUCACUAUUACUAUGACACUUCCUUAUUCAUUAUUCUAAUAGCAUGUCGGGGUAACAGCGCUACACUCAUUCCACUCAGUAGCGUCACGAUGACUGUUUAAUUUAUCAUUUAAAAUAACUGUUGCUGUUUUAUUAUGCAUGUGAAGUACUGUAGCGUGUAUUCAAACACUUUCAUAAUCUUGUAUUGGAUAGAUAGCCUUGUCAGUAAUGCGUGCGCGCGCACACACGUCAGUACACUACACACACACACACACACACACACA